AUGGUGCCGGAGGAGAAUGGACGAGCUACUGGCGACGAGGAGAACGUUGGCAAUACUCUCGUCGGCCCGACGACUCAACACGACACUGGAAAGGCACCUUUGACUCACCCAAUAGAGCAUCAUGGUGAACCCACUGCCGAGCCUAAGCCAGUAGAUUUGAGGUGUAACGCCAGCGCCGAGCCCACGCAUUCCAUAACGCCCAACAGACACGAUGGCGGCGCCGAUCUGACCAGUGGCCAAGACGUAGGCGUUACUGAUAGAGGUGACUUGGGUAAAUCAGAGCCUAACAUCAAAUCAGAGAGUUCGGCGGCUCUUCCUGUGCCAACAGUAAUGGACCCUUCCGUUUCUCAAGAACUGUCAAUCGCAUCGAGGACCAGUAUGGCAGAUGAUGAUAGAAAGAAAAACACCAGGCCUUCCUCGCCGGCAGAAACUCAGCCUGGACCUGUUGUCGUCACUCGCGACACACAAAAAAUAGGCGAUCAACCUGCGAAAAUGCCUUCCCCGACAGCAGACAGCGCCGCCCAAAAUGUUCAAGGUCCUCCAGGCUCUCCAACCGCAGACGAGGCCGAGCCACCUGACCCAUUUGAUGGCCUCCCCAACGAUGAAAUUGCCAUCCUCAAACGGCAGAUUGACAUAUCUGACCAGAGCUAUGGCGUCUCGACGUUCUUCCGCUACGCCACCAGGAUGGACAUCCUCAUCAUGAUCGUCUCGGCCGUGUGUGCUGCCGCUGUUGGCGCCGCCCUGCCGCUCAUGACCAUCAUCUUUGGCGGUCUGCAGGGCGUCUUCGCCGAUUAUCUCUCCCUUGGAACAUUGGAUCUGGGCGGCUUCGAAUCUGCCAUCGCUGGAUAUGUGCUGUACUUCGUUUACAUCGCCAUCGGCACCUUUGUCGCGUCCUACAUUUCCACCGUCGGCUUCAUCUACACCGGCGAACGCAUCACUGACAAGAUCCGUUAUGAGUACCUGACGAGCUGUCUACGUCAGAAUAUUGGCUACUUUGAUAAAUUCGGCACGGGGGAAUUCACCACGAAGAUCACUGCCGACGCUACGACCGUGCAAGAUGGCAUCUCCGAGAAGUUCGGUCUCUUCAUCAGUGCCAUCUCGACAUUUGUGACCGGCUUUGCCAUUGGAUUCAUCUUCUCGUGGAAGCUUACACUUAUUCUGUCCGCAACCCUCUUUGCGCUGCUGUUCAAUGCGGGCAUUGCGACUACAUUCAUGGUAAAACACAGCGUGCCUAUGAUGUCUGCCUUCUCCGAGAGCGGAACAUUCGUCGAAGAGGUCUUUUCAUCUGUCCGCAUCGCUAUCGCCUUUGGGACGCAAGGCCGCUUGACUGAGCAGUACGAUAAGAAGCUUGAGCCGGUCCAGAAAUGGGGUACCAAGGUCAAGUACACCAUUUCUGUCAUGACGGCCGUGUCAAUGGCCAUUACCUAUUGGAACUACGGGCUUGGCUUCUGGCAAGGGUCCGCGUUUCUUGCACGAGGUGACCUGACAAUCUCCAGGAUGAUCACUGUGAUGAUGGCUGUAAUGAUGGGCGCCUUCAACAUGAGCGCCAUGGGACCCUACUUUCAGUCCUUUAUUGGUGCCGUCUCCGCCGCCAAGGACAUGUUCAGGACGAUUGAUCGCCAAUCUCCCCUCGACCCGUCGGCUGACGAGGGUGACAAGAUCCCAGACCUUCAGGGCCACAUCCGCCUGGAAAACAUCAAACACAUCUACCCUUCCCGCCCCAACGUCACCGUCAUGGAUGGCGUGUCAAUUGACGUCCCCGCCGGCAAAGUCACUGCCCUGGUCGGCAGCUCGGGCUGUGGCAAGAGUACAAUCGUUGGUCUCGUUGAGAGAUUCUACGAGCCCGUCGGAGGUGCCGUCUUCCUUGAUGACCGCAACAUCAACACCCUGAGCCUGAGGUGGCUUCGCCAGCAAAUGUCCCUCGUUGGCCAAGAGCCCACGCUUUUCGCCGUCUCGAUUCAUGACAAUAUUCGGUUUGGGCUUAUUGGAACCGACCAUGAGACGGCUGACGAGGAGAAGCAGCGGCAGCUCGUCGAGGACGCCGCCCGUCAGGCGAAUGCCCAUGAGUUCAUCACUCAGCUACCUGAAGGAUACGAGACCAACGUCGGACAAAGAGGGUUCCUACUGUCCGGCGGUCAGAAACAGCGUAUCGCCAUCGCUCGCGCCAUUAAACUAAUCGCUACCGUAGUCUUACUCCUCGAUGAAGCUACCUCUGCCCUCGACACCAAGUCCGAAGGUGUCGUCCAGGCAGCGCUCGACAAAGCCGCGGCCGGUCGCACCACAAUCGUCAUCGCCCACCGACUCUCGACCAUCCGAAAUGCACAUAAUAUCAUUGUGAUGAACAAGGGGACUGUUGUGGAGCAGGGCAACCACGACACUCUGAUCGAGAAGCAAGGCGCAUACCACGCCCUCGUGGAAGCGCAACAGCUUGAAGACCAGAAGAAGUCGACUGCUGUGGAUAUGGAUGAUCAAGUCAGUUCGCUGGAGGAUCUUGUGAUCCGCAAAAUGUCUCUACAGAAAGAGACCAAUGUCACUGCUGCCGAGUCCUCUGAAAAGGAUGCUGUGGUGGCUGAAUCAUCCGCAGGGGACGUUGAAGAAACGGCCGGCGCCACUAUCCAGAGCAAGACCAAAUAUUCCUGGUGGGAGCUCAUCAAGUUCGUUGCAAGCUUCAACAGGUCAGAGCGUAUCUAUCUCAUCGUCGCCUUCUUCUUCUGCCUGAUUUGUGGCGCAGCCACUCCCGUCCAAGCUGUGUUCUUCGGCAAGCAGGUAGUGGUCCUGUCAUUCAUGGGGAUCCCAGGUAUAGACAGAUGGAUGCUUCACUCGCAAUCCAACUUCUGGUCCCUCAUGUACCUGAUGCUCGGUGGCGCUCAGUUCAUCGCCCAUAUGAUCCAGCUCUGCAUCUUGGGAUAUGCCGCCGAGGUGCUGCUCCGCCGUAUCCGUAGACAAACAUUCUCUACUCUCAUGCGCCAGGAUGUCUCCUUCUUUGACGACGAUAAGCAUAACGCCGGAGCCUUGACGGCCUUCCUCGCGGUUGAAACCACCCAAGUGUCUGGCUUCAGCGGUGUCGCCCUCGGCACAGUUGUCACCUCCAUCACAAAUCUGGUUGGGAGCUUAGCCCUUUCCCUUGCUAUCGGAUGGAAGCUCGCCUUGGUCUGCUUUGCCGCCGUGCCGUUGGCGAUUGGCUGCGGCUUCUUCAGAUGGUGGGUGCUGGCUCGGCACCAAGCUCGCAUUGCUACCGUGUAUGCUGACUCGGCUGGCUUCGCGGCUGAGAACAUCUCCGCGAUCAAGACUGUCGCGUCUCUGACACGGGAGAGCCAAGUUGCAGAGAAAUACCGCGUAGAUCUUGAAGAGCAACAGAAGAAGAGCGUCGUGUCAGUCGCCAAGUCCAGCGUCAUCUUCGCCGCGGCUCAGUCUAUCCAGUAUCUCUGCUACGGCCUUGGCUUCUGGUACGGAAGCACGCUCAUCGCCAAGCUUGAAUACGGCAUGUUCGAGUUCUUUGUGUGCUACAUGUCCAUGAUCCUCGGAGCAACCGCGGCCGGCACCUUCUUUUCGCUGGCCCCGGACUUGAGCAAGGCAAAGAAGUCGGCUGCAGAGUUGAAAGCACUCAUCGACACGAAGCCAUUAAUUGACACGGUAGGCGACCACGGCGAGAGCCUUUCUCAAACCGGAGGUCAUAUUCAAUUCCGAGACGUGUACUUCCGCUAUCCUACGCGUCCAGAGAUUCCCGUCCUGCGAGGAUUGAACUUUACUGCGGAACCAGGUCAACAUAUUGCUCUAGUAGGCUCCUCGGGUUGUGGCAAGAGUACGACGAUUUCUCUUCUUGAGCGCUUUUACGAUCCCGUGCUCGGCCAAAUCCUUAUUGAUGGAAAGGAUAUCUCUGACAUCAAUAUCAACGAUUAUCGCUCGCAUAUUUCCGUAGUUAGUCAGGAGCCUUCGUUAUUCCAGGGCUCUAUUAGGGAGAACAUCUGUAUGGGAAGCCUCACUGAAGAUGUGUCCAAAGAGUCAAUUGAAAUUGCAUGCAGGGAAGCCAAUAUUUAUGACUUCGUUGUCUCUUUACCGGAUGGCUUUGAUACCAUCGUUGGGAGUCGUGGCGGCUUAUUGUCGACUGGACAAAAGCAACGAAUUGCCAUCGCUCGAGCACUCGUUCGAUCACCCAAGAUUCUUCUUCUCGAUGAGGCCACAUCAGCAUUAGAUUCAGAGUCGGAACAGGUCGUUCAGGUUGCUCUUGACAGGGCGGCAAAGGGCAGAACGACGAUAACGGUUGCGCACCGCCUCAGCACCAUCCAACAUGCUGAUAACAUUCUCUUCAUCGAUCAAGGACGUGUAUUAGAGUCUGGCACACACUCAGAGCUGAUGACGCUGGGGGGGCGUUACUACGAGCUUGUGAAGCUUCAGUCGUUAGAACAGACAGGCCAGAAGGAUGUUCAACCCGGGAAGUCUACAGAAGGAAUCUGA